UGCAGAAGAAGUUCGAUGGCAACUGCUUCCUCUCAUGAGCCUUUCGGGCGUAAACUUGCAACUUGGAAUCCAGCAUUAUCUCUAAAACCUGCUUUUCACCGGUAAAGACAGUCUUGUACCUGACGCAAUAUUUUAUUUGAUGACUUUAAUGCUGAUUUGAAGGAACAAGAAAAGUCCUUGAGCCAAAAGGGAAACCAUUUUUUUUUAUGAAAUUCAGCCCGGCCCACCUUGACUGACGCGGUCUUCUUUAUUUUAUUCAAUUGAUGCAUUGGUGGACGCGGUCUUCUUUCCUUUCUGUCCACGAGCAAGCGGUCUUCAAUUGACGCACCUUGACAGUAGGUUUAAUCACACCGCUUAAAAUUGCAAGCUAGAAAGAAGGCCGAGGGAGCAAGCUUCCUGUCUUCGGCUCACCGAGAACAAGACUACCACUGUGCAGCCGGAGUGUCCUCCAAUAUGGAUCUGAGGAUGAUCGGAAUGAUGGUCGGAGGAUGGUUUGCAUCCUACGUCGUAAAUAAACUGGCUGACAAGGUUUCGCUGCAUUUGGAUGGCCGAUAUGAUCUGCUCACGGGUGCGAAGGCUAUGGCGGAGGAUGUGAAGGCUAGACUUCCUCGUAUCCGAGCCGUGAUCCAGGCAGCGGAGGGGAGGCCGAUCAGGGACCCAGCUCUGGCCACAUGGCUGAGGCAACUCAAAGAUGCUGCCUACGAGGCUGAUGACGUGCUGGAUGAGCUUGAAUUCAAGGAGCUUCAUGAUAUGAUGUACGGCAAGAGCAAGGUAAGCGACUUCGUAACCCCCACUGUUAAGCUUCUCAAGCAUUUUAUAACGUCCGACGAUGACCUGAAAAACUUGAAGAAUCUUGCGGGAAAUCUUGAAAAGAUUUUUUUUGAUAUCAAUUGUAUGGAAGAACAAUUAAAGGACUACAACUCACAGCAGAGAAGCGUGACCAGAGAGACCAGCUCGAUUAUCCAGGACAUUGUGGUUGGGAGAGACAGAGAGAGAGACAUGAUAUUAGAUGUGUUGUUGCAUUUAGCUGAUGAACCGGAAUCUAGCAUCAAAUGUGGGGCUGGGAGUAGUAGCUACCCGAGUCUUGGCGUUCUUCCUAUAGUAGGCAUUGGGGGUGUUGGCAAGACUGCUCUGGCUCAACUUAUUUAUAAUGAUGAAAGAGUAGCAAGGCAUUUUGAGCUGAGGAAGUGGGUCUAUGUGUCUGACAAUUUUGAUGUCAAGCGAAUUUCUAAAGAGCUGACAUAUGACUCGGCGCACGACCGAAUCCCGGACGAUAUUAGUUUGGAUGGCAUUCUAGGGAAAGUUGGAGAUGCUACGAGGAACAAAAGGUUUUUGUUUGUCCUUGAUGAUGUGUGGGAUGAGACAGGUAGCAAGUGGAGAGAACUCCGUGGUGUCUUAACAUCUGGAGCGAAAGGAAGCAUGGUUCUGGUGACAACACAGAGCCCAGUAGUAGCAGAAAUUAUGGGCACGAUGGACCCGAUAGAAUUGAAGAGCCUACAGAAAGAUGACUAUUGGAUACUUUUCGAACAUUGUGCGUUCGGUGAAAAAAUUCUUGAGGAAGAGCGAAGGGAAAAAUUGCAAACAAUAGGAAGAAAAAUAUCUGAAAAACUACAUGGUUUACCUCUAGCUGGAAAGGUACUAGGAAGUUUAUUGAACUCCAAACUGGAUGAGGAUUACUGGAAGAUGAUCUUAGAAAGUGAGUGGUGGGAACAUGAAUAUGUUUUAGAUAAUAUACUUCCAUCUCUGGCUUUAAGUUACGAACACUUGAAUGCAAAUCUCAAGCAGUGCUUCGCUUACUGUUCCAUAUUUCCCAGGAGCUAUAUUUUCGAAAAAGAUCGGUUAGUCCAGAUGUGGAUGGCUCAAGGUUUUAUCCAGAACAAGAGUCAAGUAAGAAUGAGAAUGGAAGACAUCGGGGGUCAGAUAUUUGACGAAUUAACUAGUAGGUACUUCUUUCUACCAACUCUGACGGGCAAGUAUGUGAUGCAUGAUCUGAUAAGAGAAUUGGCAGCUUUUGUUUCGUUGGAUGAAUGCUUGGUCAUCAGCGAUGAGAAAGGAGAAAUUCCAGAGACAAUUCGCCACCUGACUCUGAGGACUGAUAAAAAAAUGGAUGCAAUUAUGGACACGUGUAGACUUCAAAACCUACGGUCCAUUUUAUUCUUUGGUGAUUAUGAUUCUGAAAGAUUUUACAGUUUUCUUGAUGGCAUGUUAAAACAAUCAAAAAGCCUGCGUGUUUUGGAUUUAUCUUACAGUCAGGUGAAGCUGAAGAAGCUACCGGAUGCUAUCAGUGGGUUAUCACAUCUACGGUACUUAGAUGUCUCCUGCACUAAGAUCAAACAGCUGCCCAAAUCAUUUGGUAGGCUUUGCCAUCUUCAAGUUCUGAGGAUGCGAUCCUGCCACCUUAUAAGGUUACCCGAAGACAUGAACAAAUUAAUCAACUUGCGGCAUUUAUAUGGAGAAGCAAACACAAUUUCUCUAAUUACUGGGAUUGGAGAUCUUAUCGACCUUCAAGAAUUAGAGGAAUUCCGAGUCACAAAGAAGAGGCGACAUGAGAUUGGGGAGUUGAAGGGCUUGAGAAAUCUUCGGAGACGGCUUGUGAUCAAGAAUCUUGAGAAUGUCAAUAGUAAGGAGGAGGCCAUGGAGGCGAUGUUGAAAGACAAAGAGCACCUAACUGCAUUGAAUUUAAUAAAGAAAUUAGAUGCAAGAAGUCUUCCUGAUGCGGAGAAGGAGAUAUUUGAAGGCCUCCAACCACAUCCAAGUCUUAAAGAGCUGAGCAUCAGGGGCUAUGAAGGUAUCAAAUUUCCAACUUGGUUGGUGGAAAGCAACUUUCUCGCCAAUCUAGAAUUUAUUUCUCUUGAUUCUUGUGUCAGGUUGGAGAGUCUGCCGCCAUUAGGGCAGCUGCCUUUCCUCAAGGAACUUCAUCUCGCUAACAUGCCUGCCGUAAAACGAAUUGGUCGUGAAUUUUAUGGUGACACUGGUGUGGCAUUUCCAUUCCUCGAGGCACUAACAUUUAAGGGCUUCUGGAAAUGGGAGGAGUGGUUGGAACCAGAUGGCGCACAAUUUUUACCUCGCCUCCGUAUACUCGAACUCCGUGGUUGCGACAAGCUAAGGAAAGUACCCCUCCUCUUCCAGUCAUCGCUUGUACAGCUCAGCAUCAAAUACUGUGGUGACUUCGGCGGUGCACUGCCCGGAUGUUUGCAGAGUCUCACCUCUCUCGCCCAGCUACGGAUCGUGGAUUUCCCCGCCCAAGUAUCUCUUCGUUUAUCAAAUUUGAGUUCUCUCAAAGUUUUAAAACUUUGGAAUUGCUCGGAGAUGAAGUUACUUGGGGAGGGGUUACAGUACCUUACUACACUUGAAAUACUAGAAGUCAACGGAUGUCCGAAGCUCAUCGAGUCCUCAGAGCCAGUGCAGAUCCACGAGGAGCAGGGACUGCGAACUCUCAAUGGUCUCACCAUAGACGACACGGUCCUAUUUCAAAAUCUGCGGAUUCUGUUGGGAAGCCUCCCCUCACUGCAGCGGAUGUCUAUUACUUUGUGUAAUGUUAUGGCCAACUUUACAAGGGAACAGGAGCUAUGGUUCCAGCAGCUGACAUCCCUUCAAGUGCUGGAUAUUAAAAACUGCCUGAGACUUGAAAGACUACCUUCUUCUUUGAAAUAUUUUCCCUCUAUCAGGAAGUUACAUAUACUCGCCUGCCCUAAGGUUAGCUCACUCCCAGGGAAUGGCCUGUCUACUUCGCUCAAAGAAUUACACAUCGAUGAAUGCCCUUUGUUGAAGGAUCGAUGCCAAAGAGGAGGAGCUGAUUGGCCAAAGAUUGCUCACAUACCUUUAAUACGUAUUGAUUCCGAAACCAUACAAAUGCUGUGAAAAGAGAAUUCGAUGCCGCUCCUACAUCCAUUCUUCAGCGAAACAGCCACCCAGAUUUAUUAAGAAAGUAAAAAUACAGGGAAGUUAUAGGAGGAGGGGGGAGGUGGAAGAUUAGAGGUUUGCAGGAUCUGGAAACACUAGGAUCAGAAUAACAAAACAGAGGAUCUGAAAAUGCUCUUGCAAGGUAAAAGUAUACAAGCCUCUGAAAUUCGGCUGAGUAAAACAUGAAGAUGUAAUUUCCUUUUACAGCACUGGAUGAUGCAAUCAAGGGAUCUUCAUGUCAUCUAUACCACCUGUUACUUAAUUAUUAACAUGUUGUUUAAGCACGCAUUUAAUGUUUCGGUCUAUAACUCUGGUUUCAAUUGUUCCUUGAAAUAUCCUUGUUGGUGCAAUCUCUGCGAGGAAGCAACUCACCUUGUAUUCCUCCACACAGACGUAAAAUAAAGUCUUAUGGUUGCUGGUCAUGCAUCUGUAGCAAGCUUGUUUUAAUCAAGUGGUUAGCUAGUUCAGCUAUUCCUAUUGAUCUCAGCUAGCCGCCUAUGUUUUGCAUCUGAGCUUAUGCUAUUAAUAUUUACUAGGUUUCUUGAGUUCUGAUGGUACCAUGUGUUUAUAGUUGCUUCAUUAUGGUGCUAACUUCAUGCUGCAUUCAAUUUUUUCAAAUCCUUUCACAGGCACCAGAUCUGGAUAUUGUAAUACAGGUUCGCUUCGCUAGUCACUUCCAAUCCUUGAGCAACUUGGGGUCUACAGAACUUUCACUAGGUCCCCUUGCGGAUCGAUCUUCUUCCAUUUGGGAAGUUCACAGCCAAUGAAAACUUCACAUGGAAGCCGAGCCCUCCAUGCAAGUCGAGCCUUAUCUGAAUCCACCGAAGUUGUUUCAAACCAUCCAUUAUCACCUCAUCUGCCUCUGAAGAAGCCACAGCUGAGUGCAGCAUAUUCAAUUUCGCAUCGUUUAUUUGGAGCUGCUGUAGCAUCCUCUAUCUUGUUAAUUCCUGCUGCUAUGAAGUUUAGCCCUUGUAUGUUGUAUGAAAGCCAAUUUCUGAAGUUGCUUCCGAGAGAGCUUUUUCACAAUCUGUUGAAACCAAAUAUCUGGAUCUGUUUGUAGAUGAUAAACCCAGAGUAUGGCAUUCAAACUGGAAUAGGUUCAUGUUUUAUUUGCCAUCCAGAAUAAGUAGGAACCUGCUGCUAAAAAUAUCAUUUUUCUAAUUGUUUUUUUACUUUGGCUAUUUAUGUUUUUCAUUGUCUUGAAAUUACAUCGUACUCAUUUUGUGAAAAAACUGUGGCAAUGCCAUUUU